CCGGGCCCGGGCGGGGCGGUGCUGUGCGGGCGGAGCGGCCGCCAUGGCGUCGCCCUCGGGGGCGGCCGGCAGCGGCGCUGAGGGGAGCUCGGGGGACUCGGGGGACUCGGAGCCGGCCGGCGGCCAGCACCAGCAGCACCUGCCCGCCCUGUUCGAGCAGGCGGCCGAGCGGCUGCCCGGGCUGCUGGGCGCCGCCAGCAAGGAGCAGCUGCUCUACCUCUACGCCCGCUACAAGCAGGUGAAAUUCGGACCCUGUAACACUCCAAAGCCAGGCUUCUUCGAUUUUGAGGGGAAGCAGAAAUGGGAAGCCUGGAAAGCCCUGGGAGACACCAGUCCUCAUCAAGCUAUGCAGGAGUAUGUGGCUACAGUGAAAAAACUGGACCCCAGUUGGAACCCACAGACAACAGAGAAGAGGGGAAAAGAAAGCAAAACUGCAUUUGGAGGCCCAGUUGUCAGCUCGUUGUAUCAAGAAGAAACAAUCAGGGAAGAGGACAAGAACAUUUUUGACUACUGCAAAGAAAACAACAUUGACUAUGUAACCAAAGCCAUUCAGUCGAAAAAAGUGGAUGUGAAUGUUGCAGAUGAAGAGGGCAGGGCUCUGCUCCACUGGGCAUGCGACAGAGGACACAAGGAGCUCGUUUCAGUACUGUUACAGCACGCUGCCGACAUUAACAGCCAGGACGGCGAAGGCCAGACUGCGCUCCAUUACGCCGCCGCCUGCGAGUUUUUGGACAUCGUGGAGCUGCUGCUGAAGUCGGGAGCCGACCCCGGGCUGCGGGACCAGGAGGGCUGCCUGCCGGAGGAGGUGACGGGCUGUAAGGCCAUCAGCUCGGCCCUGCGGCAGCACGCCGCCGGCGGGCCCUAACGCAGCCAGACGGACAUCGAGGCUUCAGAGCACGGGGUCUGGGCUUUCGGGCUCGAAGGCUGGCCCCCCGCGGGCAGGACGGGCGCAGGGCUGUGCAUGCUCGGGCAUUUAUCGCUGUUUUUGGGGUAGAGAGGCCCGGAUAAGGCCCUGCUGUUGUUUUAUUGUCUUCGAGGCCGCUCCUGGCCGGGCCGCUCGCCUCUUCCCUUUGGGGCGAGGCCCGGUUUGUUUUUAUUUUUCUUAUGUUUUUUUUUUCUCCUGGGUCCAAGCAACGUGUUAUAAAUAAAAACAAGCACAGCGUCGGGACCGUGCCUCCGCGUGUUCGCCUCACCGGGAUGCCGUGGGGAUGGGUACCCCCCCACGAGGGCUGAAAUACAGCGGGGACUCGAGCCA